UGUUUCACAGCUUUGAGCUUUGAUCGUCAAUUCGUCAUGUAAGUAACAGAUGCUGAAUCACUCGUGAUUCUCGUGAUUCAAAAGCAUUUCUUAUAAGGUCUUCGAAUUUUUGCACCUUUCGUCGAACAUCAUUCACUUCUGUUUCAUCAGUCGAGUCGUUACGAUUUUACACUACCUACCUACUAACAUUUUUCAUCUCACACCGAACCAAGAUGAAUAACAUGAAAACAAAACACCUCGGAUUUUUGCCAUUUUGUCUGUACUUCAGUAUGGCGAUAAUAACAGUUUCAGCUGACGAUUUCAACCUCCAAAAUGGGAAAACUACGAUUAUAAAGGUUUUGACUAGCCUUUAUAAAGCUGUGUCCAAAGAAAAUAUUCCGAAUUUUCAAAGCAUUACAGACGCUACUGAUUUUGAUGGUAUGUCUAAUGCAGCUGAGGCAUUCCUGUUCCCUGAAAAAGUAGAAGAAAUAAAACAAGUAGCGAGAAGAUACGUCAAGCCAAUAUUAGGAAUAACAGCAAGGUACCUAUUGAAUUUCCGCAAGGAACUGGAAGCCCACGAGGAUACGAAGAAUAAGACGACUCCAAUGAGCAGCCAGUUGGAAGGCAUAAGACAAUAUUUCCACCAACAGGCAAAGGCAGAGGCAGAUGCAGAGGCAAGGACAGAUGCAGAGAUAGAUGCAAAAUUAAUGAGCAGCGAUAGUUCUACAAAAUGAUUUAAUUUCUGUUACCUGAGUAUCAAAAAUAGCGAUUCUUAACAUUUUAAAAAUGAAAUUUUUACGUGCUCAAUCUAUUUAAGAUGGGUAGGUAUUUGUUUAAUUUA